UUUUGCAGCACGAAUGAGCUCCGUGAAUGAAUGUGUCAGCCGAAGUGCUGCCGCAGCAGAUGCUGCAAGUGAUUCAGCCGAUGUGGUUCCAACUGAGCAAGUCUGGAACGGAUUCCAGACGUCUUGUGGUCUGAUAGUGAGUCAGGUGUAUGGCUUGAAUGGUCAAGCAGUCGUAGACAUUUUUGCAGAAAAGACGCAGUCUGUUGCUCCCAUACCUUUUUCUGCCCUUGGGCUGGAACAUUUGAGGCCUGAUCCAGAGUCCCUGUUACCGGGGCAGAGACGGAAAGUUGAGGGCUGGAAUCUGCAGGACACACUUCAAAAUGCAUUUCAGGUGUUGGCUUUGCGCCCAGCCUUGGGACAGCAUGUCAAUGGGGAUCUGUUGUGGACCACUUGGCAGAUGCUAGAUCAGCGCAGUGCUGAUCUCGCCCGCUUCUUGAAGAGCAUCUUGCCCAAGUCUGCCUGCGUAAUUCUAUGUGCGCGAAACUCCGUCGACUGGAUUGUGGCCCUGUUGGCAAUUGUCCGUGCAGCUUGCAUUGCAGUUCCCAUUCAUUCCCUCGCGAGCGAGGCCUUUCGUGAGGCAGUGAUCGCGGAAGCAAAUGUUCAGGCUGCAUUCGCGGACGCACCAGGCAACUUUACGUCUGUGACUGCUUUGGACAUUCGCAAGAUGUGCGAAAUGGAUGAGUUGCGGGACGCUUGGUUGAGCUCUUUGAAGCUUCGCAUCCAAGACUUGCUCAAGGACUUGCUCAGCAACGUGCCCAAGACAUCGGCAACCAGCGCAGUGAAGCAAGCACUACAAGCAUUUCUGGCUAAGGAGAAGUGGGAUGAUGAGCUGGGUCAGCUCAUCGUCAUGCUUGCCAGACACGAUAUGCAAUGGCUCACAGCAUUGGCAGCACCUGGAGUGGUUGGGCCAUUGACUUUGCGUGAGCUGGCAGAGAGUUGGGUGAAGCCAGCUCAAGCACGUGCACCAUGGGUCGGUUCGAGCUACGAGCUUCUGCGUGCUGCUCCGUUGCGAUCCAACAAGGAUCACGACGUUGUCUUUGAAUUGGCUGAGGGCUCGGUCGUGGAAGUCCUGCAGGUAAGCGGCAGUGCCGUGGAGGUUGCUUGUGAGGUAGCGCGAGGAUGGCUAGAUCUUUGGGACAGCAACGGCACGCCAAUCAUGGAUGAAACAAUUCCAGAACCGAUUGCAAUGAUCCUGUACACUAGCGGCUCCACAGGCAUACCCAAAGGCGCAUUAGUCAAGAACAGCGCGCUGAAUAGAUACGUGUGCAACAGGAUAAGCACUGGUGACAGUGAUUUCUCUGGGGUGCACAUUUACGGAGCUCCACUCUCAACAUCCGCAGCCCCGUACAACAUUUUUGGGAACAUCUUAGGAGGUGGCCGCACGGUCAUUCUUCAGGAGGGAGGUCAGCUAUUUGAGGUGGCGCCCUCAGUCGGCCCAACUCAGCUGGGCGGUGUUCCGCAGAUGUGGGCGCUCCUGUACAAGCGAUUUCAGGAUCGGCUGGCAUCAUGCGAUCAAGCAGGCGCAGAGGCUUUGCACGAAGAAGCAAAAAGUUGGCUGGGGCCGAGGAUCAGACAAAUCAACUGUGGCGGAGCCUUGCCGUGCCCAGCUGUGAUGCGCUGGCUCCAGAGCACCUAUAAAGAUGCAGAGGUGAGUGAGAACUAUGGUCUCACUGAAGCGGGAGGCAUCACAGGUGGUACAACAGGCCAGCUGCAGCCCAUCAAGGACGGCGUGCAGGUGCGACUGGAAGAUUUCGGCGUGUACAAGAGCACAGAUAUUCCGCCACGUGGGGAAAUCUGUGUAAAAACGCACCGCAUGGCUGCUGGGUACUUGAACCGCCCUGACAUCACCAAUGAAACCUUCACAUCUGAUGGCUUUUUCCGCACAGGUGACAUCGGCGAGAUGCCUGACCCCAAGCACUUGCGUGUAAUUGAUCGGAAAAAGGCGUUCUUCAAGCUCAACAAUGGUGAGUGGGUGUCGCCAGAGGCUGUGGAGGCAAUUCUCCUGGAGUGCCCAGAAGUGAAGCAGGUAUUGGUGCAUGGAGACUCUGCGCAUGAUUGCGUUGUGGCUGUAGCUGUUGCAAAAGUGCCUCCUGAGCAAGUGCUUGAUGCAUUCCGCUGCGUCAUGGUGAAAGCAGGUGCUCGCCAUUUUGAGACACCCAAGGCGGUACAUGUCACAUCGGAGGCUUGGGAUGCACACAACGGACUUUUGACGUCAACUGGGAAGCUCUGCCGAAGGAAGAUCUUGGAGCAAUUCGGAGAAGCUAUCCGGGAAAUGUUGGAGGCAGGAAAGACAGAUGGCAAGACAGAGCAUGAGGUAGUGCGAUUGAUUCGGCAGGGAACUGAUGAGGAGGCAUGGCAAAACCUCAAUCUAACGAGCGUUGCAGCAGUGAGCGCAACGCAUGCUAUCAGAAUUUCCUUUGGGGUGGAUGUGUCGGUGGUCCACCUAUUGCAGAAACCACCGUUGGUGGUGAUGAAGGCUCACGUCGAAGGGAGGCAGCAACUUCCCCUCAGCACUCAUCAAGAGCUACUGGGUUUAGGAGACUUCGUCCCGAGACCAGGCGACAGAUCCUCCAAAAUCUUCCUGACUGGAGCAACUGGCCACGUAGGUGCAUGUGUGCUGCAGCUUCUAGUGACAACUUCAAAGUUCCCAGUGACGGCUUUGGUGCGGGGCCCGUCCCAUGCCGCAGCCAAAACGCGUCUCUGUAAAACGCUGAUGCGGCGUGGCUACGUUGAGGCAGCUGAACAGGUGGAGGUGGACGUCGUGCAAGUGGUUGCUGGCGACCUGUCUGAAGAUUGCUUCGGGCUUGCUGAGGAGGAAUUCCGUGACCUUGCAGGAGGUAUCAUACUCCACGUGGCCGCAGAGGUGCACCAUUUGCAGAGCUACGGUGCUUUGGAGGCUACAAAUGUCGCAGGGACCCGACGCCUCUUGCGUCUGGCCACUUUGGCGCCCACGAAGUUUGUGCUUAUUUCCACCGCGUCUGCACAGAAAUCUCGCAGCACCUCCGGAUAUGGGCAGACAAAGCAGGCAGCAGAAAGCCUCGUGCAGGAAGCGCUGUCCCGCGGCAUGGAAGGCAGCAUUCUACAGCUUGGGAUGGUAGGUCCGGACCGCGUGACUGGAGCGUCUAAUGUGCAAGACUGGCUUAUUCGCUAUGUUUUAGGUACACUUCAGCUUGGAGUCUGGCAUGGAGCUGGAAGCUUACGGCUGUUUCCAUGUGAGGAGGUUGCCAAAGCUAUUGUGGCUCGCAUUGAUGACGACACCUGCAAGCCCGCUGCUUGCUUUUUGCCAUCUGCAGUUCUCAUGGGCUUGGUGGCCUCAUCUGGAGUCGUUUGCCGCCGCCUUCGCCAAGUUGCUCUCACAGAAUGGCAGGAGUUGCUUGAUGAUCUGCCAGAGUCCAACUUUAUGUUCCCCUUACGGCACUACUAUUGGAGAGGUCUGGGCAAAGAUUUGACAGAAGCAGGGCCCUAUGGCUACGAUCAAGAUUCGGUGGAUCGCAUGUUGAGGUUUCUGGAUGGGGAAGGUUUUUUUCCAAAAGGCUUGCUGCAGAGAACCAUGUCGAACAGCAGAGCACGUGAUGUUCCAGAUCGUCCAUCGCUUCAUCGAAGCAUCUCGCAAUCUUCAGCACGUUAA